AUGUCGUAUGGCACAACACCCAACCGCGAACUCAGCCUCAUCAUCGCCCCCGACCCAGACCACAGUCGUCAACGCAAGAUCUUCACACCCGCGUUCUCGGACCGAGCCUUGAAACAACAAGAACCCCUCUUCGUCAAAUACGUCGACAAACUUGUAUCUUCCAUGAAAAACACCAUCGAAAAGGAUCCAACCGCGAAGUUCGACAUGGUCAGGAUGUACAACUUCACCACCUUCGAUAUCAUGGGCGACUUGACUUUCGGAGAGCCACUGCAUAUGCUUGACAACGCCGAAUAUGACCCCUGGGUCCGUAUCAUCUUUGCCAGUCUCAAGAUGGGAUCUCACUUCACCGUCAUGAUGUCAUAUCCAUGGCUAUGGCGUGCGUUCAAGAGAUACGUACCUGAGUCUGUAAAUCGGAAGCGGAUGGACCACUUCAACCACUCUGUAACGCGCGUGACAAAGCGCCUUGAGAAAGGCCGCGAUUCCGAGGGCGUCGAUCUAUGGGAUCUGGUGCUAGGCCAAAAGGAGGGCCGAGGCCUGACCCGAGGCGAGAUGGACGCAAAUGCUUCCCUCUUUAUGAUCGCUGGAACGGAAACAACAGCUACACUCGUUUCGGGCCUAACAUAUCUGCUCUUGCGCAACCCGGACUGCAUGGCGAAGCUCAACCAUGAGAUCCGUAGCGCUUUUGCCAGCGACGCCGACAUGACCAUGGAGCAGCUCGCUGCUUUACCCUAUCUGUCGGCAUGCAUUAAGGAAGCUUUCCGUAUCUACCCACCCGUUCCUCUCGGACUUCCGCGCCUCACACCACAAGACGGAAGUACUGUUGUGGGCCAAUACGUACCACCGGACACCAUUCUCAUGAUCCCGCAGCACGCCAUGUACUUGUCUGACAAGAACUUCAAGAGGCCAAUGGAAUUCCUUCCUCAGAGAUGGAUGGGUGAUCCCGAGUUCGAUGGUGAUGAGAGGCAGUGUGUUCAGCCGUUCUCUGUUGGAUCAAGGGAUUGUGUCGGCAAGAAUAAACUUAGUAUGGCAUACCACGAGAUACGCCUCCUUGCUUCCAAGGUCUACUACAACUUCGAUAUCGAACUCUGCCCUGAGAGCAGUGAUUGGAGUAACCAGAAAACAUUCAUUCUCUGGGAGAAGCACCCUUUGAUGUGCAAGCUGAAGGCUGUCAACUAG